AUGCCUGCUCCGCGUCCAGCAUCUGCUGGACGGCCGGCAGCCGCGCGACCUGCAUCGGCAGGCAGAAGGCGGCUGGGUGAGCCCAAGUUUGGCAAUGAAGCAGAGUUUGUGCCACCUUCUCCAUCGACCUUGCCGAUCUUCCAUUUCAAAGCUGACUUGAUGCGACACCAAGAGCGAAUCGAGACAAUCGUCAGCGAAAUGCUCGUGCGCAUUCCAGAGGUGACGUCCCAGGCAGUACGGGACGAACUGGGCAGUUUGAAGAUACCGAUGAACAGGCAGCGCAGCUCUGUCAGAAUGUCGCAACGCAGCUCCCUACAAUUUACAGGGAGUGUUGCAGACCUUCCAAGCGUGCCGCAGGUAUCAUUGAAUCAGCCCUUCGAGGAUGAAAGCCUCAACAAUCAGCUGGCAUUUUCACGCUCUACAAGCAGUAAUGGCAAGAGUCCUUCACGACGUCCAUCGCAACAGGAUAAACUAGAAGCAUGGGGAGGCAUAGAAGAGGAGGCCAAGUUCAAGCUGGACAGGGACAAAGUCAAAGGUGUCAAAGACUUUCUUGAGAUGAAGAAGCGGCAGCUUGAUGCCGCGACUGGAAAGAGGUGCCAACGAUUCGCCCGGAUGGUGGUGACACAUCCGAAGUUUGAAUUGGGCUGCGCAAUGCUGAUUCUAGUUUGUGCUGUCAUGAUUGGCGUCGAAGCCCACUGGACAGUCGAGCAUAUUGGUUCACCUGAGCCAUUGACCUUUCGCAUUCUUAACUCGAUCUUCAACCUUCUCUUCGCUGUGGAACUGAUUCUUCGAGCCACGGUGGACGGACUAUAUUUCUGGUCCUGCUCCAACCCCUCCAUACACUGGAACUUGAUGGAUUCGGUCCUGGUUGCUAGUGGGCUUCUGGAGGAGUUGUUGCUCGUGCUGUUAUACGCAGCCAGUGUCAACCUGUCAGGUCUGAAGAUACUUCGGAUGGUGCGCUUGGCGCGGAUAUUGAGAAUAGUGAAGGUGGUGCGCUUCUUCUCCGAACUGCGCAUUAUGGUAAAUGGGGUCAUUGGCUCGGCGAAGUCGCUGAUUUGGGCUCUACUCCUGCUGAUCUUGGUAAAUUUCCUGUUCGGUGUGCUCGUGAUGCAGCUAUCCGUGGAGUACCUGGAAAAUGUCGACUCUCGUGCUGAAUUGCUGGACUACUUUGGCUCCCUUGAUCGUACUAUGCUGACACUGUAUGAAUCAGUCUCUGGCGGCAUAGACUGGAACAAUGCCGUGGUCACGCUGCGUCCUGUGGGUGCGUGGAUGGAGUACAUCUUCGGAGCUUACGUGUUCUUCACGGUGUUCUGCUGCAUGAACAUAGUCACAGGCAUUUUCGUGGACAACGCAAAGGCCUUGAAAGUGGCAGACGAAGAAGCCAUGCAUCAUGAGGCGAUGAAGGAGCGACAAAAGUGGAUUGUCGAAGUGGCAGAUCUCUUCUCGCGAAUCAGCGAAGCACAUGAAGGGAGGUUGACAAAGCAGCAGUUCGUCUAUCACGUCACGAACAGCGAUAGGAUUGCGACAUGUUUUUCUCACCUGGGCAUCAAUACAGAGACGACGAACACGGACGAGUUGUGGGAUCUCUUCGACAUGGAUGAAAACGGCUGCAUCGACCAGGAAGAGUUUGCCAUGGGCAUCAAGCAAUUUCACGGAGCUGCACGCAGCAUCGAUUUGUUCAAGAUGAGACGAGAAGUGAAGGAACUCGUCCGGCUCGUCAAAGAGGUUUCCUUCCAGAUCUCGUGA